AUGGAGGCGGCCAGAGGUAAUGAUACACGGUCGUCGACGGCGACGCUGCUGCAGCUGCUGCUGACCCUGUCGUCGCCGGCAGCGGCGAGCAGGGCCAUCGACAAGAAUAAGCGGGUGCGGCUGCCGGCCGAGCGCGGCGGCGAGUUCAAGUGCCGGACGUGCGGCCGCCGGUUCGCCACGUUCCAGGCGCUGGGCGGCCACCGGACCAGCCACAAGCGGCCGAGGGUGCGCGCCCAUGGCCUAGACCUUCUGCUCGGCGCUCGCCCAGGUAAGGCGAGGGGGCCCGUGGCGCACCGGUGUGGCACUUGUGGCCAGACGUUCCCGACGGGGCAGGCCCUCGGUGGGCACAUGCGCCGCCACAGGCCCUUGUCGUCCGUAGGCGCCGCCGCCGCCGCCUCUUCGAAGUGGACGGAGGCGGACACAUCAUCGUCGUCGACGUCCGACUUGUCUUUCCAGCCUGAUGAGGACGCGUUUCCUACCUUUUUCGAGUUUAUAUGA